GUCAUCGAAAACUUGAAAAACUUUUGUUGUUUUGUUGUGAUUGUGGAUGGUGGUUGUUUUUAUUAUUCCUAUUAAAUUAUAAUCGAUUUUUAAAAUGAAACAUAACUCGGAGCUAACGAGAUUCCAUAACUGUUUUAUUUUACGUGACAGUAAAAUAAUUAAAGAAGACCUAUGGGUUCGAGAUGGUAAAAUCGCUAACCCUGAAGAAGUAUUUUAUGUGGAACAAAAUCAAGCAGAUGUAACUGUAAAUUGCGAUGGUCAGCUGAUUGCACCUGGAUAUAUUGAUAUACAAAUUAACGGUGGUGUAGGAAUUGACUUCUCAUUCGACUCGGAAAAUGUAGAAGAUGGCGUUGAAAAAGUAGCCAGAGAGUUGUUAAAAUAUGGUGUGACCUCCUUCUGUCCAACCAUGGUCACCUCAGAUAAGGAAAAAUAUAGCAAAAUACUUCCCAGAAUCAAGAAGAAGCAGGGUGGAAAGCAUGGAGCUACAAUUUUGGGAGUACAUUUAGAAGGACCCUUUAUAAAUACAGCAAAAAAAGGAGCUCAUAUGUCUGAGUUAAUCAGGAAUCCGGAGAAAGGUCUGCAAUCUAUCACAGACAUGUACGGUUCUCUGGAGAAUGCUAUCAUAGUGACUCUAGCGCCGGAGCUGCCUGGGGCCCUGGAUGCUAUAAAGGGUCUGGCAGCCCUAGGCCUGCGCGUGGCGGUCGGUCACUCCAUCGCCAGCCUGUCGGAAGGGGAGGCUGCGGUGAACGCCGGCGUCAACCUCAUCACACAUCUGUUUAAUGCUAUGCUUCCUUUCCACCACCGUGACCCCGGUCUGGUGGGUCUGCUGGCGGCGACCUUGCCGAAGCAGAUCUACUACGGCAUCAUCUCUGACGGCCUCCACACGCACCCCGCCUCGUUGAGGAUAGCCUGCAAGACUAACCCUGAAGGUCUAAUCCUGGUGAGCGACGCCAUAGCGGCACUCGGGCUGCCAGACGGCGACUACCGGAUAGGCCCCCAGGCGAUGAUCGUGAAGAACAACCAGGCGUACGUGGCUGGAACCAACACUCUGUGUGGCAGCAUGGCCGCGCUGGACGAGUGUGUGCGGGUCUUGAAGAAGUCCACUGAAUGCUCCCUGGAGUACGCGCUAGAAGCCGCCACGCUGCACCCAGCGAGGGCCCUCGGCAUUGAACACAAGAAGGGAACACUAAACUACGGCUCCGACGCAGACUUCGUGAUGCUUCACCCGGAAUCUCUUCAGGUCCACUCCACGUGGAUAGCCGGUGAAUGUGUUUAUAGAAAAGAUGGCGUAUAGCGAGUAAGAUUAAUAAGUUAUCGGCUAAGUUUAAUAUUAAGACCAAUUCUGAAGAUACAUAGUUACUUUAAAUUCCCUUCAUCCAAGGGCGUUUAACUUUUUUCAUCCCCAUGUCCCUAACUUAAGUUUUAACAAAAACCUAAUUAUUUCAAUUUUAUUUUAAGUGAAAUAUAAAUUACUUAGAAAUGUUUAUUUUAUACAGACAUAGUUAUUAUUAUACUGUAUUAUACAUACUGCAUUUACCUAUUUGUUACAUGUUUGGAGUACCUAUAUUUUUAAAUAAAUCUGUUUGAAUAUACGUGCGCAUAUAAUUUGGGGUCAAAUAAAUAAGAACAUCAAUGUUAGUGGCAUGGAAAAUCUUUAUUGAAGUAAAUAUAUUUAUAAAGUCAGUACAAUUUAAGUUCAAUAGUUUCCAAAAAUAUUUAAAGUGCAGGUAGCUGAUCACCUGGCAAUGUUAAAUAUGAUUAUUUCUUAAUUAAAAUACAAGCUAAUAUUGAGAAAACUGUAAUAUGUGAAUAAUAACAUGUAUAUACCUAAAUAAAAUCAUGACAAAAAUAUAUUUUAGGCAGGCUCUGAAUUACACUGGUGUGCUGUUGUUAUAUUCCUGGCCACAAUUCACAAUAAUAAACUUAUAAUUAUAUUAAGAGAACCGCCAAGGUCGCGAGAAAAAACGCACUCUUACAAAAAGGAAAAGAGUGCCAGACUACGAGUCUAUUUUCCUA